GGUUGACGCUGUUCCUGCCUCCAGCAAUCCGCCAUCACCUUGCCCCUCGCGCCAUGGCGCCCGCCUGCCUCCUAUUGCCACUCCUCCUGCUCCCCUUCGCCCCAGGUCCAGCACAGGCCGCGACGCCGGCAAGGUCUCCGUCGGCGUCAGCAUCAUCCUCCUCCACGUCCGUCGUGUUCCAGCUCCAGGGCGACGUAUAUCCCACCGGGCAUUACUAUGCCACCAUGAACAUUGGGGAUCCGGCGAGGCCCUACUUCUUGGACAUUGACACCGGCAGUGACCUCACUUGGCUGCAGUGCGACGCUCCCUGCCAAAGCUGCAACAAG